AUGAAGCGCGGUGGGCCAGAUGAUCGGCUGCAGGUGGAAGCAAGCGACACUCACAAACGUUCUCGUGCCGAGCCAAGCGCUGGAGCAGACGCAUCUCCUGCACCUGCAACUGCAACUGCAACUGCCGGUCCCUCGAGCCGGCCCGAGCAGCCAAGCGCCAAGGCGCGCUCUCCCUCCCCUUCCUACCUCUUCAACUUGUCCGUGCCACGUCCAGCAGGGCAGGGUCAAGCUCCCGCAUACAGUCGCGUGUACUUGAGAGCUCCUCAGAGGCUGACCUCUUACUCGUUCGAUGGAGAGAGGAAGCUGUUGCUAAAUGACAGCGCCCAAAAGUAUUUCAAGGAUCCGCCUGCAGGCGUGGAUUUGGGGUAUGGUUUCAGCAAGGCAAAGUGGAGGGAGCCAAAGGUGAGUGGGUGAGUGCCGGGCGGGCAGGCGGUGCUGCCAGGAUGCGCCUUUAGUCAGCGUCAGACGCUGACAUCAGAAAGCUCCCAACGGCUGGCAGAUUGAACAUCUCGAUACCCUCUUGACGUCGCUGCAGUCCGCCUGUCCAGCUGAUCGACAUGCAGCCUCGAGCGGAGCAGCAUCGGACAUCCACCGCACGCUGACCGAUGGCACGCCAAGCCUGAUCACGUGGAGAGGAAUGAUGACGAAACUAUGUACCGCUCCCUACGAAGCUGCCUCUGCUUUUCCCAGCGCUUGGGAGAUGGAUGUGAUGCUUGCGAGUCAAUUGCGCGCAGUCCGCAUCGCGCAUAGGCUGACGAGCUGCGCAUACACGCACACUUGCAGGUGGACAAGACGAUGUACAUCGAUGAGCACGUCUCGAAAGCGAGGUACGAUGCUCAGCGAGCAGAGCAGACGGAUGAACGGCGCAGGCUGUUCAGUUACUAUGGUGAUGCGCUCGAUACGAGGAUCACUUGUCAGUAAGCUCCCUCACUGACACAUCGCAUCCGCCUCCUUUAGGCUACGCAUUCGAGUCGUACUGCGUCUGGCCGAACGCGCGCACACUACCCGAAAUCGGCGCACCAACGGCCUGGUCAGGAAAUGUCAACACCAACGAGCAGUGGUGCGAGGUGAUGAAGACGGGCAUGGACACGAAGGGCAAUGGAGGCAGCACGAGGGUCCUUCUGGGAGGAGAGACGGACUGUCUGAUUGAGCCGGGUCGAGAGGAAGCUCGUGCGAGGGCGCGUAGGGAUAGAAGGGCGAUGGAGCUCAAGACGAACAUGCAGAUCAGACACGAGGGUGAUGCGAUCAAGUUCGAAAAGAAGAUGCUUAGGAUUUGUGAGGCGCUUGGGAGAUUGCGUGCGAGAGAGAGUACGCAAGCUGAAAAUGGGUGUGGCACUGCAGACAUGCAAGCUUUUUUGCUUGGUGUGGACCAUGUGGUGGUGGGAUUCAGGGACAGUAGAGGCAGGCUUGUCGUGAGUCGCUCCAGGGAGCCGCAAUGGCAGGUCAAGCUGAGGCUGCGCUCUCCCAAACAGAGCCAUCAGCAAUUCCUGACGGCCAACAUGCCUCAGUUGGUGCGAGGAAAGGUAGGUCGAUGCGGGGGAUGCGCAGCACGGAUGUACAGUUGAUGCAUCCUGUAUCCCACGCUCGCUUGCAGCCACAUGCUUGGGACCCGCACCUUUGCACCUCGUUUGCUUACGACGCUCUGGCGUGGAUUCGGAAGAGCAUCGAGUCGGACAGUAGGACCAAGAAUAGGGACGCUCUGCCCGUCUGGCGUCUAAGCUUUGAGGCGCCCUUUGAACGCUUUACGCUUCGUCGCCUGCGCAAGGGCGAGUACGCAAAGGAGCUGGACGAAGGACGUACAGAGGGAAGAGAGAGGUGGAGGGAUGUGCAGAGGAUGGGAUUCUUGCCUGUAGAGCAUCUCGAGUGGCGAGAAGCGAUGGCUAGGGAGCAAGAGUGA